CAGCAGCCCAGUGAGCGGGACUCGAGUCGGGUUCCAGACAGGAAGCGUUGCAGCUCGCGUUCAGAGGCGCGACGUACAAGCCGACGGGCGGUUCUCUUCGCAGCUCGCGGAGGCGAACCGGGCGACAGAUUUUAUUAUGUAUACAGUGUUCUGUCUGCACACUAGAAGAGGACACCAGAUCUCAUUACAGAUGGUUGUGAGCUGCCAUGUGGUUGCUGGUACUUGAACUCAGGACCCUACAAGAGCGGCCAGUGCUCUUAACCUGGCAGUGCUCUCCAGCCCCCACUGAUAACCUUUGAAGUGCCAUGGCAGAACAAGAUGUGGAAAAUGAGCUUUUGGACUAUGAUGAAGAUGAAGAGCCCCAAGCACCUCAGGAGAGCACUCCAGCUCCCCCAAAGAAAGAUGUCAAAGGGUCUUAUGUGUCCAUUCACAGUUCCGGUUUCCGGGACUUUCUGCUGAAGCCGGAGCUCCUGAGAGCCAUAGUUGACUGUGGCUUUGAGCAUCCUUCAGAGGUCCAGCAUGAGUGUAUUCCCCAGGCCAUUCUGGGUAUGGAUGUCCUGUGCCAGGCCAAGUCUGGGAUGGGUAAGACAGCUGUGUUUGUGCUGGCCACCCUGCAGCAGAUCGAGCCCAUCAAUGGCCAGGUAUCAGUACUGGUCAUGUGCCAUACAAGGGAGCUGGCCUUCCAGAUCAGCAAGGAAUAUGAGCGCUUCUCUAAGUACAUGCCCAGCGUUAAGGUAUCUGUGUUCUUUGGGGGCCUCUCCAUUAAGAAGGAUGAAGAUGUGUUGAAGAAGAACUGUCCCCAUGUUGUGGUGGGGACACCAGGCCGGAUCCUGGCACUUGUACGGAGCAGGAGCCUCAACCUAAGGAAUGUGAAGCACUUUGUGCUGGAUGAGUGUGACAAGAUGCUGGAACAGCUGGACAUGCGUCGGGACGUGCAAGAGAUCUUUCGCCUGACACCCCAUGAAAAGCAGUGCAUGAUGUUCAGCGCCACCCUGAGCAAGGAGAUCCGGCCAGUCUGCAGGAAGUUCAUGCAGGAUCCCAUGGAGGUGUUUGUGGAUGACGAGACCAAGCUCACACUGCACGGCCUACAGCAGUACUAUGUCAAGCUCAAGGACAGCGAGAAGAACCGGAAACUCUUUGACCUCCUUGACGUCCUAGAGUUUAACCAGGUGGUGAUCUUUGUCAAGUCUGUGCAACGCUGCAUGGCCCUGGCCCAGCUCCUAGUGGAACAGAACUUCCCAGCCAUUGCCAUUCACCGAGGCAUGCCCCAGGAGGAGCGCCUGUCCCGCUACCAGCAGUUCAAGGACUUCCAGCGGCGCAUCCUGGUAGCUACCAAUCUGUUUGGUAGAGGUAUGGACAUUGAGCGAGUGAACAUUGUCUUCAACUAUGACAUGCCAGAGGACUCAGACACCUACCUUCACCGGGUGGCUCGUGCUGGUCGCUUUGGUACUAAAGGCCUGGCGGUCACUUUUGUAUCUGAUGAGAAUGAUGCCAAAAUCCUCAAUGAUGUUCAGGACCGGUUUGAAGUGAAUGUGGCAGAGCUUCCAGAAGAAAUAGAUAUCUCUACAUACAUUGAACAGAGCCGAUAACCAUACGUGUAACCAAGGACCACGGCCACCUUUCCCACCUGCUGCUCCAGAUCCUCUUCCUAGAUAAUAGAUGGGUGUAUCUUUUUAUUGUUCCAAAGCUGUAGUUAUGUAAGAAUAAAGUUUUAUUGUGGA